CGAAACUCCGCCUUAAUUCAACCCGCCGGCUCACAAACACCGACACGGCUUCAUCAUCUAGCUCAUUUCUCGAAUCUAACUCUACCCCGGGCUUUGUUGAGGAAGGUGUUGGACUUUAUUAUGGUCAUUAUUGAUGAUUGAUUUUACACGGAAGCGAUGGCAGGACGCCAGUUUUCACGGCGGAGCGCCUGCGCCUUCCGGACUAUCGCGUUUCGGAAGCCGCACAAUUUGCAUCGGAAAUCCUCUGAACUUGAUACUUGUCAUGGCUAACACUUGAACCUGAACCUAUAUUUCCACCUGGGAAUCAUUUCUGGAGUAUUUCAAGUCCUAAAAAUCAAGCAGGUUUGAAUGAACCUGCCAGGCGCAUCCACCUCCAGCACCACCUCCGGUCUCCCGUGUCUUAACUGGAUUUCCUGUUUUCCUGUUUAAUUCACAACUCAUCCCGGGAUUAUUCCAACUUCUGGAAAAGCAGGAGUUAUGUUUCCAGGGUUUCUCUCCCACCCUGUCAUGUCCAUUUGAAUAUCUUGAUUUGAAUAGACAUUUGGCAGGAGGUUUGUCCUUGCUGCACUUCCAGACUAAAUCACCUGGGAUCUUAACCAUUCCAGCACAUUAUUAAACCCCUUUCCUUUACAGGUUCGACAUGUCACAUGAAGCUCCAUCGGACGGAAGCCUGGUGUCGCUCAGAGGCCUGUCCAUGGACGUCUGGAUGGCCAGUCUGCCAAGUGAACUCUGGGACAUCCCUUUGUGGAAUUUGGCCAUUCCAGGAAGUCAUAAUGCCAUCACUUACUGUUUGGAUAUGAAUAACCGCUCUCCCAUUGACCUCAAGCAGCCCGAUAUGCUCCAGAAGCUAGACAAGUACAUGAAGCCCCUCAUACGACCGUUUGUCUACAAGUGGGCAAUCACACAGGAGCGCACCGUGAGGGAACAGCUGGACUGUGGCGUGAGGUACUGCGAUCUCAGGAUAGCGCAUCGACCCAACGACAGCUCCUCUGAUCUCUACUUCUACCACGGGGUUUACACCACUAUUACUGUAGAGACCGUGCUGAAGGAAAUCAGGGCGUGGUUGGACGCACAUCCUAAAGAGAUAGUCAUCCUGUCCUUCAGUCAUUUCUUGGGCCUGAGUCAGGAGCUCCACACACUCCUCAUCUCCACCAUAAAGAGUGUGUUCAGCCCAAAGCUGUGUCCUAAAACGGAUGUGGUCACGCUGAGGAGUUUGUGGAGUUCGGGUCAGCAGGUGAUCGUCUCAUACGAGCACAAUGUAGCGAACUGCCACACGGAGCUGUGGUCUCAUAUACCCUACUGGUGGGCUAAUAAAUGUAAAGCCGAAGCGCUGAUCGAGGAGUUCGAACGCAGGAAACAACACGGCCGUCCAGGCUUCUUCGUGACGGGGAUUAAUCUCACCGAGGACCUGAAGUACAUCUGCUCGCAUCCCACAGAGUCGCUCAAAGACAUGGUCAUGUCGACGUAUCCAAUGCUCCUCGCCUGGGUCCGGGAGCAGAAGCCUGGAUCCUGCUCUGACUCGCUCAACAUCAUUGCUGCCGAUUUCGUGACUGAGAGCGAGUUCAUACAGACUGUUGUAGCACUGAACGAAAAUCUGCUGAGUGGAAGCACAUGAGGAUGAGGAUGAGGGUGAAGAUGCAGCUGUUUGUUUCGCACAAUAUUUGGCGCAUAGCACACACGUUUACUUCUUCUCUGAAACAGACCUGUAGAUAUCUGAGGAGACUCUUUUAAAGAUUUCAGUUACGGGUAGGAUCUUAACGCUAUGCACUAAACGUUGACUUGAAUUUUUAUUAUUACUAUUAUUAUUAUUAUUAUUAUUAAUAAUGACUUGUAUGACUACUGUGCUGUCUUUAUCCUAACGUUUUACCUCUGUACCCUGGCAAUAACUUGUAGUGGAGUUUUAAAAGCAGACCCUCAGAAAAGAGAAAGGGAAUAUCCAGUAGUGUUGCUUGUUACUGAAGUGUGAACCUCAAGGCUCGGUACUGGGUAUGUUUAAAAUGUAGCUUUGGGGUGGGAAAGUGAAUGUAGCAUAAAAUUAAAGUCUCAGAACUGACUGUUUUAAAACUUCAAGGAUUCACUAUUCGAGCUGUCCAUGAAUCUUGUAAUCAUGAGCACAGUUGUUGGAAUUGACAUUCAUGAAGUCCACAGUCUACAUUUCUGCCAUUUGGCAGACGCCCUUAUCCAGAGUGACUUACAGUGUAACUCAUUUUUUUAUACAACUGAGCAUUUAAGGGUUAGGGGCCUUGCUUAGGGGCCCCAGCGGUGUCAACUUGGUGGACCUAGGAUUCGAACUCACAACCUUCUGAUCAGCAGUCCAACACCUUAACCACUACAAUUAAUGAAAUAAAACAUAAUGGGCCAUGCUGUUACAGGAAAAUUAUCAAUGCUUAGGUGGUUUUUAAUAUCCUGUCUACACAUACACAUAGAAACAAUAACAUAUUGGCACAACCUCUGUACUAGAAAAUUUUUACUCAGCACAUCCUGACCAAUCAGAAUCCAGAAUUCGUGACAACCCAGUGACAAGCAAAGCUACAGAGUACUACCCUUUUCUAUUUUCCGAGACUGCAUGCUCAGCAUAAGCUUAUGUUUUCAAUUGAUUUUACUUCAGUUGAAGGGUGGGGUCAGUAUCUCAGGAGGUGUGCGGGUUUUAGUGUGAAAUGCUGAUGAAUGCAACUUUUUAAAAAAAAAUGUUUUUCUGUUGAAUGUGAAAUUGUAUAGAAAGCUUUCUGUAUCCGUGGUACAGAGCAGAAGGAAACUUGCUGCCGAUUCCACUGCUACUUGUGGAAUUGAUGUCAACAAUAACCCAGGCUCAAGUUUACAGUGGAAAGCAAUCUCAUACACCACAUUAAACCGAGCACAGCAUGUCUGAAGAAAAGCAUCGUAUCAUGUAAUACAGUAUGUUCCAGCUCGAGGAAUUACUCUACUGCUGCAUGACAUCAUUCCAUCCCAAGCAUGACGCUUUUAUUGAAUGCUAGAAAACGACAAGCGUCUCAGUUAUUUAUUGCUGUACACAAUAUUAUGACCUGAUGUUUUAAAUA